GGAGCCGGCUGGGAGGGGGGAAGAUGGCUACUUUGGCCAGGCUGCAAGAGAGGCUGCCCGGUUUCAAGGAAGAGUAUUUCUUUAGGAACAGGUGUGUAGAUGAAUAUAGAAAAACAGAAUAUUAUGCUGCUGUAAAAAUUCAGAGUUGGUUUCGAGGAUGCAAAGUCCGGGCAUACAUCAGAUAUCUGAACAAAAUGAUGGUUUUUAUCCAGAAAUGGUGGCGGGGUUAUCAAGGAAGAAAAGCAUUCAGAAAAAUGGCCGAGACAGCAUAUUUUAUUAUGAAGAUGAAUUUCUACAAUGAAAUGGCUGUCAGGAUUCAAAAAAGAUGGCGAGGCUAUUACAUCCGAAAAUAUAUCCAUAAUUAUUAUGCACUGAAGAAGUACCUGGAAGCGAUUGCUUUGAAUAAUGAGAUGGUCAGGAGAGAACUAGAAGAGUUUGCAGAGAUGAAGGAGAAAGAAGAGGUGAAAAAAGCCCUCGAAAGGGAAGAAAAGAAAAAGGAUUACCUAGCCCGAAAGAUGCAUUACCUCCUUAGCACUAAGCAGACUGCAGGUAUAUACAACUCGCCUUACAGAAAGUCACCUGAUCCAAUGGAAUUGCAAUUAAGGAAAGCUAAGCCUUUGGGGCAGAAAAAGAAACAAGUCCAAGAUGCUACAGACCUCGAAUGGCAAACUCACACAGAUUCCUUUGGUUUCCAAACAGUGCCACCCCUUCCUCCUAUUGGAAGACAGAAACCUCAGGGCCCCUUUCGUGAUACUGGUGAAGUACUACAGCAGCGCUUCAAGCCUUUACAACCAUCUUUGCAGGGGGCAGCAUCCGACGUUUCACUACAGCUUGCCAGAGAAAAAGUAAAACUAGAAGAAUGGAGAAAUCGUGUCCAUGACGAUGUGUUUUUGCCAUUUUCAGGCCAUGAAUCUGAUACGUAUGUUCCAUCCAUCCAGAGAGCAAGUAAAUAUGGACAAUCAAGUUAUGGACUCAAACACUUCAGGGAAGAACAUCCAGAGAAAUGGAUAACAAAAAGGGAUUUCCUAACUGUGCUACCAUCAAUUCCUCUUUUUGGAAAGUUUGGCCAAGCCUAUUCCAGAGCUGGGCAAGUAGUAUAA